GCCCUUUAAGUGUGACGUCACCGGCAGCGCACGGGGUGUUCCCGAUGCGCCGCGUCGCCAGCUGACGGAAGUGAGGAGCGUUUGUGUCGUCUGUGAGGUUCCUGCGCUCCGCUCGUGUCAUGAGAUCAGCGCGUUUAUUAUGGCCGCCGUACCGGGUUUGUGUCAUAAUGACCGGAGCGACGACGACACCACCGCCGAACCCGACGAGUCUCUGCAGCCCAUGCUGAAGGCCAUCGCGGACGAGCGGAACCGCCUGAACGUCAGACAGGAUCUCAGCGGACUGGGUUGCUUUAAGGAUGACCGUAUAGUCUUCUGGACGUGGAUGUUCUCCGUAUACUUCAUGGAGAAAUGGUCUCCUCGUCAGGAUGAUAUGCUCUUCUAUGUGAGACGCAAGCUCGCGUACGUCAGUGAAGACAACACUGAAGGGAAGAAGGUGGAGGUUGAGGUUUACAGAAGAGACUCGAAAAAACUUCCAGGUCUGGGAGAUCCCGACAUCGACUGGGAGGAGAGCGUCUAUCUCAACCUCAUCCUGCAGAAACUGGAUUAUGUGGUGACAUGUGCAGUGUGCACACGCUCAGAUGCAGGAGACAUCCACAUCCACAAGAAAAAGUCUCAGCAAGUGUUUGCGUCUCCAAGCAAACACCCCAUGGACAGCAAAGGUGAAGAGUCCAAAAUGAGCUACCCCAACAUCUUCUUCAUGAUCGACAACUUCGAGGAGGUGUUCAGUGAUAUGACCGUUGGUGAAGGUGAGAUGGUUUGUGUUGAGUUGGUGGCCAGUGAUAAAAGCAACACUUUUCAGGGCGUCAUCUUCCAGGGCUCCAUCCGUUACGAGGCCCUCAAGAAGGUUUACGACAACCGGGUAAGCGUAGCCGCUAAGAUGGCCCAGCGGAUGUCAUUCGGUUUCUACAAGUACAACAACAUGGAGUUUGUAAGGAUGAAGGGUCCUCAGGGCAAAGGUCACGCUGAGAUGGCAGUGAGUCGAGUGCCCACCGGAGACACGUCACCCUGCGGGACGGAAGAAGAUCAAGAUUCACCGCUCCACGAGAGAGUGACAUCAUUCAGCACUCCGCCCACCCCAGAGAGAAACAGACCCUCCUUCUUUUCACCAUCACUGAGGCGCAAAGUUCCCAGAAACCGAAUCGCAGAGAUGAAGAAAUCUCAUUCAGCCAAUGACAGCGAGGAGUUUUUCAGGGAGGAUGAUGAUGAAGACCUGUGUAAUGCCACAAACCUGCGCUCUCGAUCUCUGUCGGGUACGGGUCGCUCGCUGGUUGGUUCUUGGCUGAAGUUGAACAGAAAGGAGGAAUAUUUCCUGCUGUAUUCUCACCUCACAUACGUGACUCUACCCCUACAUCGCAUCACCACAGAUAUUCUGGAGGUGAGACAGAAGCCCAUUCUGAUGACAUAACAUUUCCUGACUUGAGAAAACUAAUCUACCAAGUGCCUCCUCACAUCAGGCCCUGAGCAUCGGUCAUCUGAUGUCUGGACAAACAACCAAAAACUACAAACUACACAACAGCGCAAGAGAAGAGGAUAAGAUUAAAGUCCAUCAGAAGUGCCUCUUCCACCUCAACAUCUGUGUGACCGGCCCAACAGAAAGAAACCUGACGCUGACACAAGAAGGGAAAUGUUUAUAAGAAACUGAAUAAACGAAUGUGGUUCUUGUAAAUACACCGCUGCUUAUAUACUCAGUGAAAUGGAUUGACUCCACCCCCUCUCUCUCUCUCUUAAUCCCGCCCCCUUCCCGAGACACUCGUAGGUUUCACGAUAUUGCCGAUUUUGUGCAUAGUAUAUUUUGAAGAAAGGGAAGUUCCUGCAGCUCAUAGGCCUUAAUACGUCGCUAACCAGCUCAUAUAUAACAAACAUCGUCCGUGUGACGACUUUUUUAAACGCUGUGUCCAGCUGUGUCUGUUACUCAUUGUGUUUGAGGAUCUUUGUCAUAUCCAGAUACUAGUGAAGAUGAUGUGUUGACUGGAGGAGGAUGGACGCCCGCUGUGUGACACUACCAUCACAAACACGUCUGAUCUUUCAUUUCUCUGUGAGUGUUUGUAUCAGUUUAGAUUCAUCUGACGCUAUGAACUUUUUUGCACUAAAGGGCUUUUGGAUUUGAAGAUGUAUAGCCGACCCAAACUGUCUUGUCAGUAUUCAUGUUUUAUAUCUGUGUGUGUGUGUGUGUGUGUGUGUGUGUGUGUGUGUGUGUGUGUGUGUGUGUGUGUGUGUGUGUGUGUCAGCUGAAUGUAUUGAUCCGACAGCUUUAAUAUCCAUUUGAUAUUUGAUAGGCAAAGAAGUUGCCAGCCAUCCAGCCGUAUUUUGAAAGGAUUUUACGACUCUGCUUUAGGUUAAGAGCUGUUUUUAAGAAAGCCUGUUUAAUCGCUUUACAUGCGCUUUUGUAUCAAUGGUACUUCAGCAAAGUUAAUGUGCAUGUUGUCAUAUUUAUGUUGAUGAUAUAUAGCUACACUUUUCUUGAAAAUACACAUUCCAAAAAAGUUAUUGUUGAAGUAAAACAUUGUGCACAAUUACUGAAAAUGUAUUGUGGGAUAUUGACAUGAAGAUUGUAAAAAUGAUUUUUAGUUUCCUACAGUGUGACGUCAAAUCCGACCAUCAAAAUGAUUAUCAAUUAAAAUAUUUAUUACAGCAGAAGA